AUGGGCCAUAUGCACUUCAUCGAACCGAAGUUCAUCAGUGCCUCUCCACCUGCCAUUCUGUUGGUCGACUUCGGCCGGGUAGGUGGUUGCCUGUUCGUGACCCCCAUUCGAAGCGUCUUUGCUUCGGGAAGCCAAUGGAUCGUUGUGCGCCCAUUCCUGAUUGAAUAAAUACCCGACCCGCAGCGAGAGUGAAUGGCUCGGGAAAAAUCGAGUUGCACUCGUGAAUCUUCGAGUUGGUGGCACCAAUCCGUCGUUAGACGAAAUUAACAGAGGAGAAAGUGAAAUAAUCAAACUAAAUUGGUUGGCGUACCAGGGCAGCAACUUAUGUAUGAAAUGGGGUUGGACACAUAAUUGGGCUAGGAUAUGUGGCGGGGAAGGGGGAACUGUUACGGCUCCCUGUGUUGGAGGGUCGGGGGAAUGACGAUUCAAUGGAACUACGGACAGUGGACUUAGUGUUCGUCGAUCUGGCAUGCGGGCAGAGGUCAGUGAGCCAACGUAGAGGUGUUGAGGAUUGCAUUGGCGGUUCGCCGUGUCUAUAUAAUGUAUAAUCACACAUUUUCGCCACCCCCUACCCCAGACACAGCGAACCGCAACAGGCAGUCGCAUAGCGACUAGUGGUAAAGGUAGCUAAGGUGGUACCUUCAAACAGAAGGUAGAUCGCAUUGUCAUUUCCGGCUUAUUAACCGUCACCUGCCAGUCAUUCCUAACCCCAUGUGUUAAUUAUCUGGACAUCUAACACGGGAUAUUUGGUCACUGAGUGUGACACCCUAUCAUUGAACCACGGACCCGUUACCCUGUUGGCCGCGAGCUGGUAUAUGAACUGUUAGAAAUGCGUUCACCGUUCGUGUUAUGUGACAUGCCCGUCCCGUUGUGCCUUGGUGUUCGGUCUACAGUCCUUCAGGAAAUCACAAAAGGGAAGUACCGAUGACCGUUCGACCAUCGAUGUCGAUGAUGUCCACCGUUUGCCCCACAGACUGCAUUGUGGGAGCAGGGACGGUGACUUACGCAGGGGUUUAUAGUGCCAGUAGACUUGCGUAGCAUCUACCUACACUCUCUCCUCCUUCCCCGCCUGAGCCCGGUGUCAAGACAGAGUCAAGAAGACCGGAGACGAGGGAGGCCGCAGGUGGAUGGCUCGGACGGAUCCUCACCUUGGCGCUCCACUCCGCACCCCCUGGUCCACACAACAAAUAACCAGGAUUUCAACCAACACAACAGAGAUUUGGAGGCUGGCACGGCCGAAGCCGCACCUAGGCGUGCCGCCAACGCCUGACUCGGAUCCCACACUGUGGUAAGAGUGCCGAUGAAGGAAAAGGGGACUGGUUUUUUGGCCGCUGUCAGCCAGCUAUACCCAAGCCAUAGGUUUGCAAAACCUGGAAUUUAAACUUAGAUUAUUAGGUUAUUGAACGUUAUAAAGAGCACGGAUUGUUGUGCAACUGCCUGCGAGGGCUCUAGACUGAUCCCUAAGAGGCUAGGGGAUCAGUACGCCUCGUAGCCUGAUCGGUUUAAUCUCCGAGAAGAAAAUAGGCCGUAAUAAGACCAAAAUGCGCCUUUGUCCUGCUAUACAUUUCCACAGCUUUUUUCAUAUUGAAUAAGCUAGUUUCCAGGACUACAAUAAACCUCGGUGGUCAAUUAUUUAAUUAAUUUAUUGUUGUACUAAGCAUCUGAAUAAAAGUUACGGAACGCGCAUGUACACACCCCCCAAUUUGCCUCCACGUAUGGUUCAGUUUUGGUCGGACAAAAUUUUCAGUUAUGUUGUUCAGUAACCUUCCUUUUUUAAGAAAAUGCGCUAUUCCGAGAUAAGUUUUUUGGGACUAGGGGCGGUUAGCGCAAAAUUCGACCUCCCUACUGGCCCUUAACAAGGCCAGAGACAUCAGGGAAAAUUUUCGGGAUUCCCUGGACUGAUCGCUUCCGCCUCCACACGCUGGCAGCGUACUCAGAGAUACCGCCACCUCCCCCUUCCCCCACACACCCAAAACGGCUUUGUUAUCAAGUGAACAACGACUGCAAUUGUGUGGGAGAAACCGGGCGGAAAUUGCAGACUCGCAAAUCGGCUACUCUGAGGUUAAACCCAAACUCUCAAUUAGCAACACACGCUGGAGAAACUGGGCAUACUUUCGAUCUCCAACGAGCUACCAUCUUAGGCCAGGGCAACACAAAAGCAGAGCGCUAACUCUCGAGGCGUGGUUCUCCGAUGCCCACUCCAUCAACAGGCAUCUGAACCUUCCUGCAGCUUACAAAGUCCUACGUCAUCACAAUCGUAGAGCUCAGGGCCAAACAACCACACGGACUUCAGAAGGCCAUACGGAGACAGCCCGACGACGAGUUUUCUCGGUGAAGAACAAGAACCGCCAGACCGACCACCCAACACUGGUUCAAUCACCUUCCCCCGGCGAAGUGGUGCCUCACAAAGCACGCAGACAAAAACGCCCGUCAACCACCCCCUGAAAGACCGAGACAGCAAGAGGAGAGAAAAAUCGAUCAGCACGAGGCCGACCAACGUGACACGCCACUGGGGAUUUCUGGCCGACUAAGUGCAUUUUACGCUUUGACAAUGGAGAGCCGACGAAGCUCUUCGAAACGUCAGUAUCUAAAUAAACCUAUUCCGGUGAGCCCAUCCUCUUCUUCUUCUUCUUCAAAUGAACAACGUUCGCGCAAAAUAUCGGUCCGAAAAGUGUGUACGCUGGAUGAUCCGAAAUGAGGCGCGUUAGCGUGCGGUCAGAGCCGCGGCAGACGCCAGAAGUUGCCCGCGCACGUUCACACAACGUCUGGUCACGUGACAGACGGUGGCACGCGCAACAGCCAAUCGGGGCGCGUGUCGGCCUCAGCUGACUUGAGGCCGAGUGGCGCCAGGCCGCGCGAUCAAGCAGCGGGCGCGCACUGCAGAUUUUAUCGGCGCGGAAAUUGCGCCAGCGACUUCUGAUCUUUUUUUUCAUCCAGUCUCACUGGCGAAUGCAAAUUUUCCCUCGUCACGCUGAAGAUUUUGUGAAAAUCACCCUCAUACAGUGUUUUCUUUAACCCUAACCUAGAAAACAAUUGCUUUAUAAUGAGAUCAUGAAAUAAACGGAAAGUUGGAAACUAUAAAGGCAUGAUUCACUCAUAAAAUAUGCUAAUUCAGGGAAAGAGUUGGUGAAUUUGUUCCAUCUACAGUGAGUGGCCGAUCUCUUGAAACGUUGGCUGAUAUUCUGUAUGCGUUUUCGAUUAGGAAGGAUUACUUAGGGGCGGUUGUAAUAUUGACUAUCUUGCGGCAUAAUCCUAUAAUAUUUCGGACUUGGCAGGAUGUCAGCUUUUGAAUACACUGCUUUUCAAAUUCCUUUAGAAACCGUGCUCGGCAAAUAAAUGACUACCUAAGUAGCAUGCAUUUUUCUCAUUGGUUUUCGAUGGUCUUGAAAAUUCAAAUGUAGUUUAUGGAAACCACAAACAAGAAUAUGCUUUCUUUCAGUCGUUUGACAGAGAAUCACGUCAUCUUUGUAUUUUGUACUCGAAGAAUGAAUACAAUUAGGUUUUAAUAAGUUUUCUAAUUUCCGAAUAAUUUGGAGCCAGAUCGGUCGUUGCAUUAGCGCCUAGUGACUUCGGUCUACAAGGUUCACGGGCUCCGUGCGAAGAAAAUCCCAUAUUCUUCUAUGCCUUUAAAAAGAUAUCAUAUAGAGUCCACAAAAUUUCGCAAUAGAUGCAGACUAUGUUGUACAUUUCAUGAGAAGCAGUAGUAAACGGACAGGUACGACGCUAUAUGAAUGGACAAUGCGCAGUUUUAAAAAUCUCAUAAUUAAAAGCUUUUUAAAUCCUAAUUAUACUCCUUCCUCGAGUAUGAAAUAUAAAGAUGACACGAAUCUCUAUCAAUCGACUGACGAAAGCAUAUUCUUGUUUGUGGUUUUUAUAAAAUAUAUUUGAAUUUUCAAGACCAUCGAAAAGCAAUGAGAAAAAUGCAUGCUACUUAAGUGGUCAUUUUUUACCAGCUGCGGUUUCUACAGGAGGACUAGAAGAAGUGCAUUUGAAAACUGACAUCCCGAUAAAUCCAAAGUAUUAUAGGAUUAUGCCGCAAGAUAAUCAAUAUUACAACCGCCCCUAAGUAAUCCUUCCUAGUCGAAAACGCAUUUCAGAAUUUUAGCCAACAUUUCGUGAGAUCGGUCACUCACUGUAUGUUAGAUGUUGUUUAAACUGGACAGUAACACAAAGGAGCAUUUUGCGCUUCUGUGCGCCGAUACUUGUUGGAAUUGAGUAAAUUUCUGUUCACAACAUAACAUCGCAGAUACAUGCGGAAAAAUGGAUAAAAAUGGUAGAGGGACUCUCACGGAUGGAGUUACGGAACUCACUCGUCCCAUUGUGCCUCGGUACCCACGCUCUCUUUCUAUCGAGUCCAGCCAGCAGCCGCACAGUGGCACGUACUAUAGGCAGAAUAGCAUUAUCAGCAAAGACAACGGAGACUGGAAUGGUCAUUUCUAGCUUAUUAUCCGUCGUCAGCCAGUUAUGCCCAACCCCGAGGUGCGCAACCUCUGGGGCUCGAUCUCGUGACCUGUUGACGACCUAUCUGACGACGGCCAAUAGGUCAGAAGUGUCUAUUACAGCCUACCUUGUCUUUGUCGUUAUGUUAUUCUGCCUAGAAUGGAUAGCAUUCUCACAGAUGAGCGUAGAUAUCCCUUCCGGUCACGUAUCCGAAAGGGGACCAAUGAUAUACGCUGGGCUUCCGGUUUAAAAACGCAACCUCUGAAACCGUGGGCCGCUUCCUCCUCUCCAUAGCGCUGGCCGAUCCAGGAAAGAAGAAAUUCACAGGGGAAUCAUCAGUUCCGUCACAUGUUCCUGUCGACAGUUAUGGUAAGCGCUGGGAAUUCUGUAGAUCAUUCUUGCAUUGGGCUCAUGCAUAAGUUCGCCCACUUACAGCUAACAAAGUAGACAUGCACCAUUUUCAUCCUUGCUUGCCGUUCUUACUGUUCAUUAGGAAAAACAAAUAUUCAUGACACGCAACUGAAUUUUCAAUUGUGCUGUUGCAGACAAAUAAAACACAGCGUACUGUAAUAUCUCACAAUGCAUUUAUCCCGGGAGGGGUCGUACAUAUUUCCGAUAAUAUAACUCAUAUAACGAAGUAAAAUAAGUAAACUGCAAACCUUUUUGAAUGUUUUUGGUCAGAUAUGGUUAUGUAGACUCACCUUAAGGAAACAAACCCCAGCCACCUGUAAUAUGGGACCGGUGGUAAUAGGGGUUUUUACAGCUGGGCUCGGAGAAUGCACAGGCGACGAGGUCAAGUAAUCGUAUGUAAAAGAAAAGCUAUUGGGAAUGCGCCAUUGUACUUUGAGUGGUUGAGAAGUAGCUGCCCCAACCCUAUCCCCAACAGUAUUGUGUCCACUAGGUGCGGCUACAUAACCAUAUCUUAUUUGCUUUUUUAACUCUGUGACUUUUUUCAUCUCUCCAACACAACAGCGAAACCUAUCACACAGUUUCAGGACAUUCGGCUUAGACGGUGGAUAUAUAUAAAUGUCGAGAAUAUUUGGGACAGAGUUAGAGAAUGGCAACUGCAGUCGAAAAUCCAGCUACCGAUUGCCACCCAGGUCAAUAGGCAGCUAGUCAGUGGGACACGAGGUCAAUCUGAUUGGUCGCUUUGACGGCCAACGCAAGGACUGGCCAGAACAGCUGAAAAUGCGCGUGUCAGCAGGGGUGAGCGAGUAGAAAGCGCGCGAACUGCGCGAACGGGAGCCGUUUGUGGGGUUUUCAUCCCACUGUCUCUAGCGUGAACAGUUCUCACGCGGCGCAGCUCGGAGCGGCUGCGAGGCGGCAUCUCCAACUCUAAUGUCGCCCCAUCUCCAGGGCGUCUGGAAACGGCUCUGCGCGGCGGUACCGGCCGCUACUGUUUCGAGCGCCACCAACUUAAGCGCCUGUCGUCCAUUCAUUCCUCUGUGAUCCCACUGCCUUCGUGGAACCCCUAUUGACUCUGGAGACGCGACUAAUGUGGUCGACAGCAAACGCGGCUCAUUGUGUCCCUUAGUUGCUACUCAUUUGGUGAGCGCCCGAUCAGGCGCUUUAUGGACCAGCGACAAACAUUCGAAUGGAGAAGGGGACACGAUCGCUGGAACAAGAGCGUUAUUCGCCUGAUGUUUCGGAUUUCUGCUCGAACGCACCAUCAGAGACAGAAACAGAUACAGGUAUUUCAUACACAAGGGGAUACAGUAGCCAUGCUACCGCAUACCUAACAAAAUGCGUGGCUCCCUCAUUCAUCAGGGACUGCUGCAUUUGAUGUGAUGAUUCUCCGAUAGUCCACAUUCGAGUUGUUGAUCGUUGCAAUUUCAUCUGGCCCACAAAUCCUGGCGGUGGGAAUAGUGUUCGCCUAUUUGCUUACCGCAUGGUUGAUUACUCCGUCUAGGCUAAGUUCCAGGUACUGAAUAUCAAAUAUUUCGUCGAAGUUCAGCACUUGCGUCGUAUUUGUCGUUUCCAUGAACACUUACAUUUUUAGGCCACCACAAUCUUUGCGGCAUACGAGUACAUCCAUGAAGGCCAGCUGGUUGUUUCCUUCCUCCAUCUAAAAUUGAGGGGAUUAGGAGGAAGAGGAGGAGGAGGAGGAGGAGGAGGAGGAGGGGGGAGAAGAAGAAGAAGAAGAAGAAGAAGAAGAAGAAGAAGAAGAAGAAGAAGAAGAAGAAGAAGAAGAAGAAGAAGAAGAAGAAGAAAACCAGCUGGUCCUCAACUGA